UGACAGUGACUUCGCUCAGCUGGUGCAGUGCAGGUGUGGCUGCGGUGUGCUGAACCUGCCAUCGCCUCCACGGCAGCGCGAGUACGAUGGCUCCCACUCUGGAUCUAACUGACGUCGAGAGAUUCAAUCUAAUGAAGUUCAGGAGGAACGUGGCGGACUGCUGCACACUGCCCCACCACGACGACCAGUACCUGCUGCGGUGGCUCAGGGCCCGAAAAUUCAAUGCUGAAGCUGCAGAAAAAAUGCUGCGAGACAGUAUGAAAUGGAGAGAGAAAUGGGAUGUCGACAACCUCGUGAACUGGGAACCACCAGAAGUCAUCAAGAAAUAUUACCCAAGUGGCCUCGCAGGAUACGACAAAGAUGGUUCACCAGUGGUGGUGAUCCCCUUCGCCGGCAUCGACAUGUGGGGGAUGCUGCACUCGGCGGGCAAGGCGGACUUCAUCCGGAUGACCAUCAAGAUGAUCGAGCGCUACCUGGAGAUCGCCCGCAGGCAGGCCAAGGAGCACGGCGCCGGCGCGUCCAAGGUCUCCGCCAUCAUCGACAUGGAGAACUUCAACCUGCGGCAGUACGCGUGGCGGCCCGCUGGUGAAACUGUGCUGUCACUAAUACAGAUGUAUGAAGCAAACUAUCCGGAAGUUCUGAAAACCUGUUUCAUCAUAAAUGCACCGAAAAUAUUUGCUAUAGCCUUCUCCGUGGUGAAAAACUUCCUGAACGACUACACGAUCAGCAAGAUCCAGAUAUACAAGAACGACCCGCGCAAGUACCAGCCCGUGCUGCUGGAGGUCAUAGACGCAGCGCAGCUUCCCAAGUGCUUCGGCGGGGAGAUGACGGACCCUGACGGCAACCCCGCCUGCCCUUCCAAGGUUCACCCUGGUGGAAAAAUUCCCAAAACAUACUACCAGUCGGCGGAGGACAAAGAAAACGCCAUGCCCAACGAAGACUUCAUGACUGUGGUUGUGAAGAAAGGGGAUAAGCUUAAGUUGCCUUUCAUCGUCGCCCAAGAAGGGUCAUUUCUAAGGUGGGAAUUUCGAACAGACGGACACGACAUCAAGUUUGGAGUCUCUUGCCAAAAUGCAGACGGGAAAGACAAUGUGGUCAUCCCCACGCAUCGUGUUCGAAGCCACCUGACGCCGGAAUCAGGCGUCGUCAACUGUGCAGAGAUAGCCACGUACACGGUGCUGUUCGACAACAGCUACAGCUUCCUGCGCAGCAAGAAGCUGCACUACUCGAUCAGCGUCGCCCCGCCCAUCAAGGUCAGCGUGAAGGACGACGGCGAGGUGGCCAUCCAGCAGCUCUGAUAUCUGCACCGACCUCCCGAAA